GCGGGAUUUUUUGGUGUUUGGCGGGGAGCAUUUGGGAGAAACGUCAUUUCGCCAACUGGUCACACUGCCCGAUAUUUGUUUUUGGGUAGACUUUCGAUUUUUAGCUUGAAAAAAUGACCGCCGUGUUCCGCGUGGGCCUGGUGCGGCUCGUCAGCCGCGCCACACAGUCGCCCAAUCUGCUCCAGGCGCAGGCGAACGGCCUGCCCGCCGCCUUCCAGCAGCGAUGCAGCAUCUCCGGCAAGACGAUGCGGGGCGGUCCCCGGGUGCCCAAGGCGGCCCCCUAUCCGUACAAGACCAAGAAGUACAGCGUAAUCAAUGCCUUCUUCGACAAGACCUCCAAGCGCUUCGACGAGAACUCCAAGGUGAUCUGCGUGGAGGGACCCAUCGCCGCCGGCAAGUCCAAGUUCGCCCAGGAGCUGGCCGAGGAGUUGGACAUGCAGUACUAUCCGGCCGUGGACCUGGACCUGAUCUACAUCAAUUCCUACGGCUAUGACAUGAGGAAGCUGGAUCCCCAGCUACCGCCCAGCUGCCGCAGCUACGAUGUGCGCAACUUCUGCCUGGACCCCAGCCACGACCUGGCCGCCCAGUUCCAGAUCCGCAUGUACAUGCUGCGCUAUUCGCAGUACAUCGACGCCCUGCAGCACAUCUUCAGCACCGGACAGGGUGUGGUCCUCGAGCGCAGUCCCUACUCGGACUUCGUCUUCAUGGAGGCCAUGUUCCGCCAGGGCUAUCUGUCCCGCGGCGCCCGUUCCGUGUACAAUGAGCUGCGCCAGAACACCAUCGGGGAGCUGCUGAAGCCGCACUUGGUUAUUUAUCUGGAUCAGUCGGUCGCUGCCGUCAAGCAGAAGAUCAAGGCCCGCAACGUGGACUACGAGGUGCAAUCGAAGGUGUUUAGCGAUGCCUAUCUGAACGACGUGGAGCAGCUGUACAAGCAGCAGUACCUCAAGGACAUCUCCACCCACGCCGAGCUGCUCAUCUACGACUGGACGGCCGGCGGCGAGACCGAGGUUGUGGUUGAGGAUAUCGAGCGCAUCGACUUCGACCAGUUCGAGGCGGACUCCCACAACAAGAAGAUGCUGGACUGGCGCUUCCCGCUGGAGACCGAGUGGUGCGAGGCCCGCAUCAAGUACUGCCACGAGAAGCCCGACCUGAUGAACUACUUCAAUGUGCCGCGCUUCGACGUCCCGGAGCUGCUGCGCAGCGCCGACGACAGCAAGGUCUGGCGUGAUGUCUGGUACAAUGCUCCCGGCAUGAAGUACCGUCCUGGCUACAACGCGGAAAUGGGCGACGAGGGUCUUCUCACCAAGACGAAAUUGGGCAUUAACCAGGCCAUCUAGAGGGUGUUUUGCUUUGCUUUUCAAUUGAAAUCAUCUGGCGAAAUGUGUUAAUUAUCUAAUAAACGAUCUAGUAAAAUAAUUGGAAGCAACACCCAAGAGUUGUCUGCCUCAAACACAA